GAGCGCUCCUCUCCAUUGGCUCUUCCCUUGGCCAGGCGCGCUCAUCGUCGUGUGCUCCGACCCACUGGCAUUCGGAGUUAUCUUCCGUUUCUCUCUCACUAACCACCACUGGGUCCAUACCUUAGACGUUUCCUAUUUAUCUCUUUACCUUCCUUACCUCCAAAAUGCACUACUUCUCUCAGCUGUUUCAUUACGAACACCCAUGGUCUCACGUCGUAAUUGGGAUGUGGCACAAGUAUCCCAAUCCUCAUUGCACACAUGUUCAGACCAUCGACGUUCUUGACCGGUCUGUCGAUCCACAGACGGGGAUUAUUCGUACGGAGCGUGUGCUAGGGUGCAAACAAAAAGCACCAGGUUGGAUCGUCAAGUUCUUUGGCGGAUCAGAGGAUGCCUUUGUACGGGAGAUAUCCUUCGUCAACCCUGCGACGCAAGAGGCAACCAUCACUUCUGUCAACCUCUCAUUGUCUCAGUUUGCAACCUGCUACGAGAACAUUCGUUAUUCACCAACGACAGAUGGUCGUACAAUGUUCCACCAAACAGCAGAGAUUCAGGCUCGUAUGGCACUUUGGCGAAGCGCGGCGGACAAACUAGAGAACUGGCUGGUUCAGAGGUUUGAGCAGAAUGCUCAUCUGGGCAAGGUCGGAUUCACGGAUGUUUUGAGGAGAUUAUGGGAAGCCAAGCAGCAGCAACUAUCAUAGCCUUAAAGGAUGAUAUGUUCUCUCUGCUCAUUCUUUAUGGGAUUUCGUUUUAUUUCGGUUUGGUGAUUCUUAGAUGUGCCGUGGCUUGGACUCAGCAUUGCAUCACAUAGACACACCCUCACUCAAAACUUCCGUCAUGCGACGCCUUUACCUUAUGACACUACGAUAUACUCAAUGUACUAUUCCCAGUAACAUUCAUACCAUUAUGUUUUCCCUCC